CCUCGCCCUCCCCGAGAGCGAGUCUCUCUCUCUCUCUAUCUCUAUCUCUUAACUUUCUCUCUCUAGAAAUAUCACCAGCUCACAUUCUCUCUCUCUAUCUCUAUAUUUGCACUGCUCUUCUUCCGAGAUCCGAAGGACGAACGAGGGGCGAAAGGCGAGAUGCUUCUGCGGAGCGCGUCGACGCCGGUCCUCAACUCGUGGUCGCCCCACCCGAAGGAGCCCGCCUGCCCCGAGCCCGACGCCGUCCGGCCGCCCGUGUCCCGGACCCGAUCCGCCCCGCUGGCCGCCUUUUCCUGCUUCUCGCCCCCGCUCUCGCCCGUCGAGGGCCCCGCGGGCAAGCGGCUCGCCCGGGUCGCCCGGGCCCGGUCCGAGACCAACCUGCAGGACGUCCCCUUGCCGGUGCCGAGGAGGAGGCAGCCCGUCGCGGGGCUCCUCUUUGAUGGGCUCGCGCUGGAGGAGGAGAUGGGGGAGCUGGGGUUCGAUGGGGUCGAGGAGGGUAGUUACCAGAUACCCGUGGUGGACGCCGGCUUCCUGAGUGUCCUGGUCGGGGGCGACGUCGGUGGCGGCGGCGGCGGGGGCGGCAAGAUUUGCGACGGUGGGGGGAGCGGCGGCUACGGGUCGGAUGGCGGCGACGGGAGGGAGGGUACUACGGAUUCGUAUUAUAAGAGGAUGAUCGAGGCUGAUCCGGGGAAUCCUCUCGUUCUUGGCAAUUACGCGAGGUUCUUGAAAGAGGUUCGAGGUGAUUUUAAGAAGGCCGAAGAGUACUGCGCUAGAGCGAUUCUAGCUAACCCGAAAGAUGGAAACGUUCUGUCCAUGUAUGCGGACCUAAUAUGGCAGAGCAGUAAGGACUCGGAGCGUGCAGAGAAUUACUUUGAUCAGGCCGUUAAAGCUGCCCCUGAUGAUUGUUAUGUUAUGGCUUCAUACGCUCACUUCCUGUGGGACACCGAAGAAGACGACGAUGAGGAGGUUAAGGACAAGGACGAUACCAUGACGACGUCGCCUCCGAGUUUCUUCCGAGGAGCAUCUCAGUCGCUCCCUCCUCUAGCUGCUGCAUCUUAAUUUAGCCCUUCUCUCUCCAAUGUUUUUUCCUUUCCUCGUGUAAAAAUGGUACUUAGAUAUCAAAUUUUGACCCCCUGUUAAUAUCCUUCUAUGACCUUUUUAACUCGGCCCCAGGCCGCCUUAGAUUUAUUGUAAUAAAGAAAGAUGUAGAGAGAAAAUAAUCAACGGAAUGAGUUUUUCCCAGUGCUCA